UUAAAUUCUAGUCAAGAUUCUGGGUCUCACAAUUACAAAAGCAUUUUCCUUCAGAUUUGUAUGAAGUGCACCGCAGUGCUCUGCUGUCGAACGGCACCAUUACAGAAAGCUCAGAUUGUCAGAAUGGUGAAGAACUUGAAAGGCAGCCCAAUUACUCUGUCAAUUGGUGAUGGUGCCAAUGAUGUCAGUAUGAUCUUGGAAUCGCAUGUCGGAAUCGGUAUUAAAGGCAAAGAAGGUCGCCAAGCAGCCAGGAAUAGUGAUUAUUCUGUUCUAAACUUAUUAUUCUAAACAUUUAAAGAAAUGUUAUUGGCUCAUGGGCAUCUCUAUUAUGUAAGAAUAGCACACCUUGUGCAGUAUUUCUUCUACAAGAACCUUUGUUUCAUUUUGCCACAGUUUUUGUACCAGUUCUUCUGUGGAUUCUCACAGCAGCCACUCUAUGAUGCCGCUUACCUUACUAUGUACAACAUCUGCUUCACGUCCUUGCCCAUCCUGGCCUACAGUCUCCUGGAGCAGCACAUCAACAUCGACAUUUUCUCAUUCUUCUGGGGAGAUUCUUCUGAUAGUGUUGAAGAAUGUAAAAUGAAGAAGUGCCAGGAGAAAUCUGAGCUGUAA